CCCACCCACAAUGCUGCUGCCAAGAGCCGCCUCAAUCCCUAGCGAUCCGGCUUGUUGUAGUUACAGAGACUGGGCUGAGAGAGGAGCAUGGAUGAGUUUCAGGCGGGAGAGGAGGCAGCUUUUAUUGUUGACGAUGUAAGCACCAUCAUUAAAGAAGCAGUGGAAAAUACAAUUGGAGGGAAUGCCUACCAGCACAACAAAGUGAAUCAAUGGACAUCUGCAGUGGUGGAGCAAUGUCUCAACCAACUAACCAAAUUGGCCAAGCCAUUUAAAUACAUUGUAACCUGCGUUAUAAUGCAAAAGAAUGGAGCAGGCUUGCACACUGCUAGUUCAUGCUUCUGGGAUAAUUCCGUUGAUGGAAGCUGCACUGUCAGAUGGGAGAACAAGACCAUGUACUGCAUUGUUAGCAUCUUUGGCCUUGGUGUUUAGAACUUCAGUUAUUGCCGCAUUUUGUCUAUAAACCAUCUAUAAAAUCAUCUCAAGUCUAUUAUACCAAAA